CGAGAAGUCGGCGGGCGCCCCGCUGCCGCGCGUCCUACCCUUGUGGCCUUCCCUGAGUCAAGCCGGCCGCGCCGCCCCAGGCUUCGCUCUGCCGAGCCCGCAGCCCACGCCGCGGCCGACAUGAGCUUCUUGUUUGGUAGUCGCUCUUCUAAAACUUUUAAGCCAAAGAAGAACAUCCCAGAGGGCUCUCACCAGUAUGAGCUCUUAAAACAUGCAGAAGCCACACUUGGCAGUGGCAACCUCCGGAUGGCCGUCAUGCUUCCUGAGGGAGAGGAUCUAAAUGAGUGGGUUGCAGUUAACACUGUGGAUUUUUUCAAUCAAAUCAAUAUGCUUUAUGGAACCAUCACAGACUUCUGUACAGAGGAGAGUUGUCCGGUGAUGUCAGCUGGACCAAAAUAUGAGUAUCACUGGGCAGAUGGAACAAAUAUAAAAAAGCCAAUCAAGUGCUCUGCACCAAAGUAUAUUGAUUACCUGAUGACCUGGGUUCAAGACCAGCUGGAUGAUGAAACAUUAUUCCCAUCAAAAAUUGGUGUUCCAUUCCCGAAGAAUUUCAUGUCCGUGGCAAAAACAAUUCUCAAACGACUCUUUAGAGUUUAUGCUCACAUUUAUCACCAACAUUUUGAUCCUGUGAUCCAGCUUCAGGAGGAAGCACAUCUCAAUACAUCUUUCAAGCACUUUAUUUUUUUUGUUCAGGAGUUCAACCUUAUUGACAGAAGAGAACUUGCACCACUCCAAGAACUGAUUGAGAAACUCACCUCAAAGGACAGAUAAAAGGAUGAAAAGCUGCAGUUCUUCCUCCACGGGAGCUAUAUGGCUGUAUUUGGGCCUUUGUUAUAUUUUGUUUUUAUGUGGAUUGUUUGUCUUAGGUUUGGAGGCUUGCUUGGAUUCCCUUUUCUCUUCUGAAUAUAUAAAAUCAUUUUGUUGUUAGAGGAAGCUAAGAUUCAUUUUCUACCUUUGAAAAGGGCGAAUUUUGUCUUAGUGUUGUAUAGUGUUUUCUUUCUUUUUUUUUAUGUUUUCUUUUUAUUAACCUGGUUUUGGUUACUUGAGGACUUUUAAAGAUAUUGUAUGCUGGAAACAAGUAACUGACUGAAAUGCAGAUGGAUUGGACUCUGUUGUGUAAAUUGUGGCCCACUUUGAAGUCCCUAAAAAAAGACUUAUGUGUUCUUAAGUGCCUUGAUAGGCUCACUUCUGAGGUGCAAAGCACAGAUAUAGGACUGAGCAGAGCUUGAAACAAUAUUAGAAUUUCUAUCUAGGGCACUUACUUGUGCAUGUUGUAAAGUAAUCUGUUAUAAAAGCCAUAGUUUACUCAAGUUGAUGAUAUCCAGCUUUUACUACAUUGAAAAAACAUAAUUUGUAAAGUUGUGCAUGUAGAACAUAAAUGUAAAACAACAAAAAUCAUUUCUUAAUUAUUUUUGACAUAAUUUGUAAAGAUGUGCAUGUAGAACAAAUCUAAAACAACAAAAUUCUUAA